GUUUGGUGCGUGUGUAUGUGUGUGUGUGUGUGUGUACAAUCGGAGGGAAAGUUCUUCUUUCCCAUGCGCCAACAGUUCAGUUUGUUUUGCGACGGCGUGGCAUGUGGUUGCGUCGAGCAACGUCGUCGUCUGAUGCCCCAUGCUUUUUUUCUUUUCUUCCCUUCUCUCUCACUGCCAUUAAAGUCUUUUCAUUCGAAUUUUUUCUUUUUUACUUCUCGUGGUGAAUCACGCACGUUGAUGACGAACUUUGUCGAGUGCCAACGAAACAAUCGCUCGUGUGUGUCGACUUGAUUACACCGGAAGUUCGGGUGUGUAUGCCCGUUCCCUCCAUUUUCGUUUCUUUUUUACUUCAGUCGUACCAGUGAAUUCCUUUCCGCCAGCGUACACACACAAAACAAGAGGAAGUGGGGUAAAGAAAGAGCGCCAUGCGUCUGUCGUGGCCGAUACGGCCCAACAAUCGAAGGAUCUUAACGGAUGGCGAAGAAGAUGCGGAAGGCAGAAUGGUGGUGGUUGAAACGCCCGUCUCGUACGAUAUGCCAUCAUCUCCUGGCUCCGUGUCGACUACCAAUGACGCGGCUACUCUGAUCGCUUCACCGGAGCACCGCUCAUCGUUAACGGCCACCAAUAACCGAAGGAUCAGCCGUUACGGAGCCCAACAGCUCGAAGCCAUUUCGGUGCUUACAUCAGACGAUGAUGAAGAUGACGACGAGUACGAACAGAAAAGGCAACUAUUAACUGACAAAUGGCGCCAGCUGUUUGACCAGUUCGAUCCGGAGGGGUUCGGAGAGAUUCCGUGGGAGGAUUUCGGCCGGGCGCUGCGGUCGCCUGAAUUUCGUCAACACAUCGAACCGCACAAGAUCCAACAGCUGGAGGAGAAAUUUCACUUGCAACAACAACUGGACAACGACCAGGAAGAGGACAACAAGAGCGGCUGCAGCGGUGGCGGUCACCACGGCGACCGACCCAGCCGACCAUCCGAAUAUCGAACGUCGGCCAUCACCUUCCAGGACUUUGUCAAUGUGAUGAGCGGGAAGCGGAGCCGGAGUUUCAAGUGCGCCGUGCAUCACCGCGACCGUCAAGUGUGCAGCGAAAACGAUUUUCACCUGCUCAUCCAGCCGCCCACACUAUUUCAAAGAAUGGUGAAGGUGAUUGCAGACGAGUUCCUGACGGACGAACGGGAGCGAAAGUAUUAUGCGGACCGCUAUUCGUGCUGCCCGCCGCCCCUUUUCAUCAUCUUCAUCACGUUAGUUGAGUUGGGCUUCUUCACUUAUUACACGGUGGUGAUGGGAGAGAUUAACCCGUCGGGACCAGUGCCCAUCAACUCCAUUUUCAUCUACCGGCCGGACAAACGCGGCGAAAUUUGGAGAUUUCUCCUCUACAUGGUCUUGCACGCUGGGUGGCUACAUUUACUGUUCAACUUAUUGGUGCAAGUCUUGGUCGGCCUACCCCUCGAAAUGGUCCACGGCUCUAUGAGAAUAGGAGCCGUUUAUAUGGCUGGUGUCUUGGCCGGUUCGUUGGGGACAUCUGUCUUCGACACGGACGUUUACCUCGUCGGUGCCUCUGGUGGUGUCUACGCUUUACUAGCGGCCCAUUUAGCCAACGUUUUGCUGAACUAUAACAAUAUGGAAUUCGGAAUCGUUCGAUUGAUCGGAAUUUUCAUAGUCGGUGACGCCGACGUUGGAUUCGCCAUCUACGACCGAUACGCGGCCGAACAAUUGGGUCCGCCCGUCUCUUACGUGGCUCACUUAACGGGUGCUUUGGCCGGCCUAACGAUCGGCCUCCUUGUCUUGAAGAAUUUUGAGCAAAAACUUCACGAGCAGCUCAUCUGGUGGGUGGCAUUGGGUGUCUAUGCGGCUUGCACGCUCUUCGGAAUCCUGUUCAACGUUUUCAAUCCCGAUCCUUUUUAUCCGGCAAACUGACUCCAAGUUCAAACUGUUGUGAAAACUGGCCGCUAGAUGUCCUUAGUGCGGAAGGAUUCCAAUCGCAGCCGCGAGAUGGUGGCAUCAGUGAGCAAGAAAACAAAAACAAACAAUGGUUCUUGGUGUUUUUUUUUUUUUUUUUUUUUCUAUUUUGGGUGCAAAAAGAAAUAACCAAAGUGGAAAAACGAAGUGUUCAGUGAAGAAAGCGCCACCCCGCUAAAAACACAAACAUAAAAAUUUAUAUACGCAUCGAAGAGAUUUAUUUCUCCCAAUGAAAAAGAAACAAAAAGGAAAAAAAAAAAAAACGUCGGCGAAUUAUCAUCGAAGAGUACCAGCUAGUCGAACGGAAAACGCACGAUGAUUGGACACGGUUUGACAGAAACUAUAUCUUUGACCUUCUUCUUUCCUGUUUUGUUGGUUGUCCGUCUCUCUCGCUCGCGACUCGUUCAAAAUGGUUUACCUUUUUCAUCAUCUCUAUUUGUCCUCCUUUUUUCAGAAUGAUAUUUACAAAUUGAGGAGGAUGUUAUAUAUAUAACGCGAUCCAAAGUUAUGAUUGUUGAUCUUUCUGUUGUCACACUUUUAAAAACAAAUUGGUUUCUUGUGUAGUUUUGCCUUUGCAUGCAUGUUGAGUCUGAACACCGUCACCCUUUCAUUCGAGUCAAAGUCCCUUCCUCAUCAAGUCUGCAAAAAACUUGUCACGCAAGUCAACAGACCUUGUUUUCUAUCCAUUUUUUAAAGCAAAAUAUUACCCGUCAUUCUUUCUCCCCAAUCUAUACCCCCUGCCUCACAAAAUUAUUUGUCCACCCAUCUCCAAUGCACUUGCAAGUUGUUACUCUGUAUUCUUUCACUUUUUACCUUCCUCCUGGCCUUGAAGGUCUGCCUGGCCAUAUAGUCAUUGUUCUCUUGUCACAGAGAGAGAAUGGAAGGCAAGAACGUUUGAUUACUUUGACCAUUGGAGGUCAGAGUAUCUCGCAAGUCUCCACCAAACGAAAACAAAAAAUAU